UAUUUUCUAAAAAGUUUGACAUAAUAUGUUAGAUCAGAAUGCAGAAGUUAUACUGUCUACAGUACAUUCUAAAAUUAUGUUGAAACAUAGCCUACAAAUUCUCUCCCUGCGUUUGCGACAGAAAUUCGCAUCAGUGAUCAGGAUGAGCAACAAUCACGGCGCAGAAUUGAGUAUUGAAGAGAUCGCUCGACUCUCUCAACUCGAAUAUACGCACGACGAGGAGGAAAGUUGUGAUAUGAAGAAGACAAUCCUCGUGUGGGGACUUCCUGGUCCCCAGGCUAGCAGUGUUGCUAUUGCUCUAGUUGGUAACCCACUUUUCACUGUCAGAGGAAUUUUUAACAAGAAUUGUCCUGAGGUGGCGCGUUUUCAACAAAUGGGAGUUGAAUCUGAAAUUGUGGAAAUCUCUGAAAAAGGGCCUAUUCCGAUAAUAAAGCUAAACAACGUGUUUCGGGACGUGUACGGAGUGUUCUUUGUCACGAACGAUAUUGAUCCUCUUCUACCAAUGAGAAGAGAGAUGGAGGUCGGUGUGAAGUUGGCGGAAAUGUGCGAGAGACUCCGCAUAAAGCAUGUGAUAUACUCUGCAGUUGACUUCGUUUAUAGAAUAACAGGCAACAGGUGUUCAAGAUAUGACGGUAAAGGAGAAAUAGAGUACCAGAUGAAGGGGAUGGGGUUACCUCUGACAGUCUUAAAACUACCGCUCUCUUACGAUUACCUCGUUAACACCCUCAUACCAACUCGUCAGGGCAGUGACUACGUGUUUACGGGGAUAGUGGAUAGUAAGCUGGAUUUUGACGUGAUGAACUACUCUGACAUAGGACCUGUUGUAAAAUUGGCAUUCGAAAGACCGAACAUAUUCAUCGGCAAGACUAUUGGACUGACGGUGGAUCGGAUUGAUAUAAAUAAGUUCGUCCAACUAAUGACGGAAGUUUUCAAAGAGACCAAAAUAGAUUGGCGCUAUGAAAAGUUAUCGUGGAAGGAGUAUCAGCGGGACAAGAAAAAUAACAGGGAACUAGCGACUCUACUCGACUUCCACUGCAACUACGCUCCGCUACGUGACGUCAGAACCAUGCAGGCUUUAAAUCCAAAUGUGCAGACUUUCUCAGAAUACAUCAGUGCCAAUCAGAAACGACUCACUAAACUUUUCAAGUUGGUCAAGACGUGAACGAUUUGUUGAGCAAUUUGAGCUCGGGUUUGUUAGUCCUAGUACCCUAGAUUGGGAAGAAGAUAAAAUGGAUAUCAUGAAAGAAGGUUAUGAAAUAUGAAUUGAUAAGUCUAGAAAGGUUUGACAAGAUGAACGAAUGCAUUUUAUACGAUCUAAUUUAAGCAUGGACUGAGGCUUCUGUGAUACUAAAUAUUGGGAUUUCAGAUUAGUGGUCGUUCACAUAUUACGUUAUCGCUGAGGGAGAGGUUCCAAAACGCUAGUGUAAUUUCAACACAAUAGCUAUGUGUAAAACUGAUUACAGCGGGGGUUAAAAAUUGGUCAAAAGGUUGGUCAAUAUUAUGUGAACGACCCAAUACUGAUUACUGUAAACAUUUCCAAAUACUUGAUCCUUUGAUAAAUAGAAUGUCUACUGGCAUUAGUCGAUCUGGUGCGACUAUAAUGCGGCAAAAUUUAAAAGAAGGCUGUAUGAUUUAAACUAUUAUCUGAACCUCCAACUCCUCUUGGAAAUAUAUAAAAUCUUAUGUACAAGUUCCAUAAA